AUGUGGUCUCAGAUUUGCUACCCGAUGACCACGAUUUUGGAUGUUGACUACUUGGUUCGAGUGGAGCCGCUUGGGCAGUUCUUGCCAAACAUGACGUCAUAUUGGAUGCACGAUGUCGGAGGACUGUACGCGAUCGGAAAGGCGGAAAACCAGGAAAUCAAUUUGGCCACACUCAAGAGGGUGGAACACGAAAGUCUGUGUAGGCACUCGUCGUCAGUUAUGCUGUGCAAUCUGCGAGAACAAAUGCCCGGAUGUGGACUGCUCUCUGCAGAUAGGCAUAAUUGUCGACUGGUCAUGCACAAUUCGACGGACAAGCAUUUCACAAUGGUGCGGCCGCUAGCACGUUCCGUGAUAAUAGCAACCAGGGCCACGCGAAUUCGAGAGAUGCCUCAGCAAACCAUCGGCAAACCACGGCCAGCAAGGAUUGUCACGAAUCCGGUGUUUGCUGUCGAGGUUCCGAAAGGGAAGUGGUUAUUGAUCGGAGACGAGCAGAUCGACUCGCGUGUGGUCCAGGGCGUAAUGGGCACAGAUUUCAAAAUCAUAGUACCCGUUCCUAUUGGAAAAUGGACAGGCAAUCACUUUCACCAGAUCACAGCCCAGCACAAGAUGCAACGCUUCUUGUGCAGGGCUGUGAUCUGGUUCUUGUGCAUGACGCGGCUUCUUCAAGUAGGACGGCUCAGAAGAACGGGAUUAUCCGGCGAAUCGGAAAUUACGCAAAAACAGUAUUGCCCGGGCCGAUUCCUGGCAUACAUUUUGGAGUUACCGAAUGGUGAGAAACCAGCGUUUGGGUUCCAUGAGAUGUAA